CUUCUCUUCGACUUCCUCCUCUUCUCUUACUCUUCUCUCUGGAUCCGUUUCAUCCCAUACUCUCUUUACUUCACGCUCUAAUCAAACCUUGAUUGAUUUCAUUGAAUGGAUUCUUUUCAUCUUCCUCUCUAUCUCUCUAUUUAUAAAUCUUUUCACUUGAGUUAUGUGUCGAUCAAAAUUGAAAAUUCUCUCUCAAACAAUCGUCGCGAUGGAACCCAAAGGACACUCUCCGAUCUCAAGCCUCCGCACUACCAACAAAAAGACCGUCGCAUCUUCCGCGUCCACUAAGCCAAACGGGAAGUCCGUCGAUUCCUCCGCCACUGCGAUGAAGCGUAACGGGAAGUCUGCUGUUUCGUCUGCUAUUCCGAUGAAGUCAAACACUUCUGCCGCCGUCUCCUCCGCGCAUGACGAUAAAAUGAUGUUCUUCAGAGAUGUGAAACUCGGCCCACAAGAGGUCGACUUGAGGUUCCGUCUGAUUCAUUACUGGGAGGCUCGAAAUCCAAAUACGAAAACUCUCAUUGGACAGGAAAUGCUCCUUAUCGAUGAAGAGGGAGCUGUUAUUCAAGGUUAUGUUCCAUCGGGACGGGUUGGGUCAUAUGAGCUGAUAUCGGGUUGUGUUUACAAACUGAAGAAUUUUUUCGGCUCCAGAAACAAAACUCAGUAUCGUGUUUCUGAUCAUAACGCAACCGUCACCUUCGCUUGGAAUUCUGAGCUAUCCGUUGUUGAUAACCCCCCGGUUUCAAUCCCUGAGGAUAGGUUCAGGUUUCAUAACUACGAGGAGUUCCAGGCUAAUUGUGACCACAAAAUUGAUCUUUAUGACUAUGUUGGCCACAUGAAGCUGGUGAAUGGGCAGACUAUCACUGAUCAUAUUGUUCUCGACGAAGCCGGCAUAGCAGAGAAGCGGCAUCUUUGUGUUCAUGUUCAGACACACGACGGGCCAGUAAUGAAGCUCUAUCUAUGGGACAAAGCCGCAUCGGACUUCUGUGAGAAAUUCAAAUCUUAUGGAAGCACUCCAAGCGUUAUUUUGGUCACCACAGUCAACCCUAAGCAUCUUGGAGGAACCCUUGCUCUGACUUCGAUGGCAUCAUCUCGAGUGUUUAUGGAUACUGAUGUUCAGCCUAGCAGGGAUUACCUCGGGUGGUUGGGAUCCAACUCGGAAAUUGCUAACAAGAUUAAUGCAGAGGUUGUCACUAAGCCUGAGACAGCUACUCUUGAGGAACUCUUCUCCUACAUAAAGCUGCCAACUGCUAAGGUUGCUUGGUUUGAAUGCACAGCAACUAUAGAUGAUGUUAUCCAGGGUUCGGCUUGGUAUUAUAUUUCAUGCGAUGGGUGUAACAGCAAGGCGUUCAAAGGGCCUACCUCCCUGAUUUGUAACAAUAAGAAGUGUAUGAAGAGUGAAGUCACGGGCGUUGCUCAAUACCUAACCAGGAUAUCUGUUUAUGAUAAGAGUGAGCAAGCAGUUUUUGUCAUUCUUGGUGAUGCUGGCAAAGAGUUGACUGGAAAGCAUGCUUCAGAAUUAGUUGCCAGAUACUUUGAGUCUAAUGAGAGCGUGGAAGCUGACCAUUGCGUGCCGGUACCGCAAGAUUUGCUUGAUACAAUCGGGCAGACACACAGGUUCAUAGUGAAAGUCUCCGAUCAUAACUUGAAAGGGAAGACACGGACCAUAACCGUCACCAAGAUACUUCCACCAGAAGCUCCACAUCCUAUAGAACCAUUGGUCGAAGACGCUAUUCCAGCUACGUCCGAUGGUUUCUUGAAGACUGGAAGUGAAGUAUCCGGUUCCUCCAGUGGGUUAGUGGAUGCCGCUGGUGGUCGGGUUAGAAAAGCGUCUGAGGGUAUUGAAUCAGACGAAGCCAAGCGUUCCAAGAGUGGCUAAUGCAGCUUCAGCUAUCUUCAUACGCAGUGACUGUUUUUUGCUGCAGUAUGAGUUCGGUUUGAUGUUUACGUAACGACUUUGCGUUUUUCUAUUUCUAUCUUCAUACUUUCCGUUUUUUGGUCGGUCUUUAUGUUUCUUUGAAUACAUUUUUCGUUAGUUGGAUACACUCAUCUCUUUAAACAAUUUGGUUAUCCUCAUCUCUUUAAAGAAUUUACUUGGCAUUAUUCCAUACUACUACUCAUAUAAUUCAGAGUUUAUGAUUAGAAUUGGUCAACAUCUACUUAAGAUCAGAACAAGUGCUAACAUUUUGACAGUCAGAACAGAACAAACUCCAUCAAUUAAUACUCUUUUAUGUAAUACUCAAUAAAUUAAUAAAACUCACCGGUCCCAAAUUAGGCCGGCUAAAUUUAUCACGAAUUGAUAAAUAAUAAGAUAAUAUUUUUAGAAAAUUUUAACCAAAUAUAUGGUCUCAUCAAAAUUAUAAAUUAGUGAUUUACAUAUUUACAUAAUUUAUAUAAGUAGAACCUGUUAUUAAAUUAUUUGAUCUAUAUUCAAAAAUAAAAUAUCUUUAUAUUUUAUUAUCACUUGAUACAUUUUUUAUGGGCUUUACUAAUAUUAUAUCUAAGACCGCAUUGUAUGUUCUAUUCAAUAUAUAUUAUAUAUCGAAUAAUAUAAUAUGAUUGAGAUAAAUGUCUAAUCUCAAAAAAUAACAACCAAUAACUAUACAGUAAAUCAAAUAUUUUAUUUUUUUAUAAUUAGAGAAUGGCCCGUUUUAUGUGAAAAGCAAUAUAAAGUAGUGACAAUAAUUUCAUGUAUUUCCUUUGCAUUGAGUAAAGCUUGUGGCUAAAGCCUAUAAUAUUACAUAAAACGGGCAAGAUGGUAAAUCAAAUAAUAAUAAUCAAGUUCUACUUCGCAG